AUGGCAGCAAUAGAGCUCCUGGAAAACAGGAAGAUACAAGGUGUGAGUGAAUAUGACAACAGAAGAGAGGAUGAAAGAAGCAUCUGCAGACCAUGUGGAAUACCUCGACACAGUCACCAACUGCACAGGAGGUAUUUGCAAUCAUUGAUGAAGCUGAUCAGAACAACGUGGAGGCUGAAGGUUGGAUCCGAAGUGUCAGGAACUCUUCCCAGAUGUCACCCUAUCUCCUACUUCAGUGAAGGUAUACUGCUGGACGUCACUACUCUCACUGAACUGAAAGCCAUAUCAUCACCCUGGGAUGUCUGUCUUGCAAGAAGUUUAGAUCAAGCUCAAGAUGCCAAUGAAAACUUACUUCUGGUGGCCAUGGCUGGUUCUCACCAAAUUUGGGGCAUAUUCCUCUCUGAUGGUAAAUGGCUUAAGGGAUGUUCAUACAGUAAGGGAACUGUUGUACGUUUAGCUGGCAGUGGAGCUGAAGAGAACAGAAAUACUUCUUACCCUGCUCGAGCUGGAUUUGCUCAGCCCUCAGGACUCGCAGUAGGCACUCAUUCAGGAUCUUCAGUGCUUUAUAUUGCUGACUCUGAGAGUUCCUCAAUAAGGAGAAUGAGCUUAGCAGAUGGUGCUGUGAAGGCUGUUGUUGGAGCAGCUCGUGAUCCUCUUGAUCUGUUUGCUUAUGGUGAUGUUGAUGGCAUUGGCAUUGAUGCAAAACUACAACAUCCUUUGGCUGUGGCUACUGUUGGAGAUUGUGUAUAUUUGGCUGACUCGUAUAAUCAUAAGGUAAGUUACCAGUAGCACUACAACAGUCUACUUUCUUUUUCA